AGCUCCAUGCCUCUUAUAACUGCCAGAGCUGACACACACAUCAGUGGAGUUGUUCACUGUCAACAUAGCAGCGUCAGCUCUUCAGUUGCUUUAGACACAGACAAGAUGGAGGCUACAGCUCUGGUGAUCUUACUGGUGGCCCUCGUGGUCCCUCUUCAUGCGGGGCCCGUGCACUCUGAGCCCCUUCUACCCACACAGGAGAGCUUCGACCUGGACAGGUUCAUGGGGAAGUGGUAUAGUGUGGCCAAAGCCUCCACUUGUCCAUGGUGGCUGAAAUAUAAAGGAGAUUCUGCUGUUGGCACACUGGUGCUGGAGAAGCAGCCCACAGCACACACAGUCAGCCUGACAAAAACUAAAUCCAGGCAAGGAAUCUGUAAGCAGACUACCUACGACUAUCACUUGACCCAAACACCUGGCAGAUUCCAGUACUACUUUUCCAAGUGGGACGCUGAUGUGGACACGUAUGUGGUGGAUACAAACUACGACGAGUAUGCCCUGGUGGUGAGGCACAAACACAAGCGUAACUCUGGGGAGAGAGGCACAUCUGUGGAGCUCUAUGGCCGUACCCCAGAACUGCAGAUGGCUGUGCUGGAGGACUUCAAGCGCUUGGUGACAGAACAAGGCAUGGGCGAGGAGAAUAUUGGCAUCAUGAAGAACAAAGGUGAAUGCACCACAGGAGAUGCUGACACACCUGUUCCAGAGAGAGCCAUAAGGGCUGCGGUGCUUCUUCAAGCCGAUGAAGAGGAGGGAUCUGCAUGGGACCAUAUCGGGACGGACAGAGAAGAGUGUGAUGGCCCGCAGGACCCUGCCAGUAAAUGUGGAUAUCAUCAAUAUAUGGUCGUAUUUCGCCGCUUCUUCCACAAUUCGACCAGCAAGACUUGCCAGAGUUUUUUAUUCAAUGAAAAAUCCUGUGGAAAAUUCAAGAACAACUACGAAUCUGAAAGGUUGUGCAUGCAGACCUGUCAACCAGAAGUUGCCUGCAAGAUGCCCUUAGACCCUGGACCGAGUGACAGCCGCUUGCCGUCACAGUGGGAAUGGGGCUUUGACUCUGCCACUGGGAAGUGUGUAAAAUUCAUUUACAGAGGGUGGACUCAAGGCGGGAACGCAAACAGGUUCAGCUUCGAAAAUGUGUGUGAGGCUGUCUGCGGAGGAUUUACGGAUGGAGAUGAUGAACUGCUCAAAAUGAACUAAAAGAGGUGACAGUUCAGCUGAUGUUCACUCUGGAAGUCAAUACACACACACACACACACACACACACACACACACACACACACACACACACACACACACACACACACACACACACACAGAGAGAGAGACUGAAAAAAGCAGACCAACUGCACCUAUAUCUCCCAACACAGACAAUCUGUAUGUUACUCAUCUGUGAUCUUGACAUACUUAUUAAAAAGAGAUUGCCAUUCAGA